GAUGGCAAGAUUAAACAAAAAACAAAAAAGGAGAAGAGAAGAGCAAGAGGGGUUCAUGGCAUUACAUGCCAUUAUGAAUGCUGUGAUUGGUGUUUUUCGUCUGUACUUGUUCAUCACCUCCACGUUUCGCCGUCCGGAGCCUCGUCCGGAAUUGUCUCCGAAUCCAGACUUUUACCAGUCGCGCAUAAACAAUAUCAAUAGGCUUGUACGGGGUAAUGACGUGGACUGCCACGAGCAAUUGAGGGUGAAUAGGUAUACUUUUUUAAGACUUUGUUGUUUAGUCCGAGGUGUUGGGUUAGGGGACUCACGCAACGUAUGUCUUGAAGAGAGGGUAGCAAUAUUCUUGUGGGUCCUCUCUCACCAUACGAAGCAGAGGCGUACCAAAUUUACAUUCUAUAGGUCUAUUGAGACAAUAAGUAGGCAUUUCAAUGCUGUACUCCAAGCUGUCUUGCGCCUUCACCGAAUGCUUCUAGUGACGCCCGAGCCUAUACCUGCUAACUACCAAGACACUAGGUGGAAUUGGUUUCAGGUAUAGUCGUGUUCAAUUGUUCGAAUUUUUUUCAUUCUAAAGCUUUCCUCUAGUUAGCCAUAUUCACUUACGUUAAUAAUCUUUUCCAAAUUUGUUAGAAUUGUCUAGGAGCAUUGGAUGGGACAUACGUCCCAGUAAAUCCCCCGGCCGUUGAUAGGCCAAGAUAUAGGUCGAGGAAGGGUGAAAUUUCUACAAAUGUCUUAGGUGUUUGUACGCGGGAUCUAAAAUUUGUUUACGUAUUGUCUGGUUGGGAAGGAUCGGCCACUGACUCUAGAAUCCUUGGGAACGCCAUGGAAAGACCCCACGGUCUCAGAGUCCCCCAUGGACAAUAUUACCUUGUUGAUGCUGGCUAUACCAAUGGGAACGGUUUUCUAGCACCAUACCGUGGCCAACGAUACCACAUUAAUAUUUGGAGGCAAGGUCAUCUACCAACAAGCAAAGAGGAGUUCUUCAACAUGAAACACUCCGCCGCUAGGAAUUGCAUUGAGAGAAGCUUUGGGGUUCUCAAGAAGCGGUUUGCAAUUUUGAGAUCUCCCUCCUUUUACCCAAUAAGGACUCAAUGUCGUAUCGUGUCAGCAUGUUGUCUUCUUCAUAACCUAAUUAAGAGAGAGAUGCCCAACGAUCCAAUUGAACACGAGUACACAGCGUGGGAACUAGCACAUAUCAACGAUGUCCCUGUUGAUGAUCACAUUGGUGCCGUAGAGAGUUCCAAUGAGUGGACCGCAGGGAGGGAUGCUCUUGCGGCAGCCAUGUAUAACCAAUGGUUAGCCAAUGGUGGGGGACAAGUGGAGGGCAUCCUUCCUUGA